CUUCUGCUCUUGAAGACAGCUGACACGUGAGAAGCGCUUCAGUAGCACUGCAUGGCAAACCAGAGAAAUCCAGUUUUUUAAAGAUGCAGCUGUGCAGCGCGACAUAUUUCUCUGAGAUUACGAACACGCAACCUGGUUAAAACAGGAUGUCUUAAUCGACAGCGAACUGGAAAUGUUGUGCUGAUUCAACUGUCCGCUUUACUUUACAAACCGCCUUCCUCGAAUCACAAAUCAUCAUUUAAUUCUUCUCUAUUCAUCCGAAUUGCACCAAAUUGCUGUCAUUCGCACUGACAAUAACAAUAAACAGUAGUGAAAUCUGUAUGGUAAACGGAAAGGAGGCGUGGUAUGACGCGGAGUUCCAUAUUGACAGGAAAACUCCCCAAAUUUGGUGCUGCUUCCUGCACUCUACGAGUCACCAUGCGCCUGUUCCGCGUGCUGGAGCGUUUACGCGCGUGUACCGAAGUCUCGGCGCGUAACCGACACUGGACCAACAUUGCCGAACUGUCACUGAGGUUCUCCAGCACAAAAGCUGCUCCGCGGUUCCGAAGAAUGGACUAUCAGGAUGCGGUGUGCACCCUCAACACUCUCCAGACCAACGCCAGCGCUCUGGAGCAGGUGAAGAGAGAGAGAGGUCAUCCUCAGCUCCAGCUGCAGGCUAUGAGAGGCUUUCUCCAGCGGGCAGGACUCAAGGUAGAAGAACUUGAUCGUCUCAAUAUUAUUCACGUAACUGGAACAAAAGGAAAGGGUUCAACAUGUGCCUUUACAGAAAAGAUUUUGAGAAACUAUGGCUUCCGCACUGGAUUCUACAGUUCACCUCAUUUGGUGCAAGUGAGAGAGCGAAUCAGAAUCAACGGGCUGCCGAUAGGAAAAGAGCUUUUCACCAAAUACUUCUGGCAGGUGUACAGGCGACUGGAGGAGACAAAGGAAGCCAAUGGCGGCAGCAUGCCUGCUUAUUUUCGCUUUCUAACAAUUUUGGCCUUCCAUGUCUUUCUGCAGGAGAAGGUUGAUUUGGCUGUCAUUGAGGUGGGGAUCGGUGGAGCGUAUGACUGCACCAAUAUCAUUAGGCGUCCCUGGGUGUGUGGUAUCUCCUCUCUGGGCAUAGAUCACACCAGCAUACUGGGAGACAGCAUUGAGAAAAUUGCCUGGCAGAAAGGAGGGAUUUUUAAGCCGGGGGUUCCUGCAUUCACAGUCAAACAGCCUGACGGGCCGAUGAAGGUGCUUCAAGAGAGAGCAGAAGAAAUUGGGUGUUCGUUGUCAGUGUGUCCUGAUCUGGAUGAGUAUGAGUGCGAGGGCUCGCUCCGGUUGGGUUUGGCUGGUCACCAUCAGCGCAGCAACGCUUCUCUGGCUCUACAGCUGUCACAAACAUGGCUGCAGAGACACUUCCUCACAGAUCCUGCGUCAUCUCUAGUAGAGUUCAGCGGUGUGAGUCCAGCUCCAGCGUUCCAGCCUAGUCCUGCAAUGAUCAAAGGUCUUGCAGAGACUGAGUGGCCCGGGCGUAAUCAGACUCUAAAACACGGCCCUGUGACGUAUUUCCUGGACGGAGCUCAUACCACACGCAGCAUGCAAGCCUGUGUCCGCUGGUUUAAUGAGAUCGCAACACAUCAUGAGAGAAAUGCUGGGGGUUCGGUGGUGAGGGUUCUCUUAUUCAACGCCACAGGAGAGAGAGACUGUGCCGCCAUGCUCAAACUGCUCGCGCCCUGCCAUUUCGACUUUGCCGUGUUCUGUCCGAACAUCACAGAGGCCAUAGCGACCUGUAAUGCAGACCAACAGAACUUUAACGUUUCCGUGGAGAACAUGCUCACACGUUGCCUGGACAACCAGCAGAGCUGGCGCAUUCUGAAUGGCCAGGAGGAGAAACCAGAGGCGGAGCUUCUGAUCGGGGGCGGUUUGCCCUUAGUGACUGAAAGGCACAGUGACACACUAGUGUUUCCCUGCAUCCUCAGCGCCCUGCAGUGGAUCAGUCAGGGAAGAGACUCGAUUCUGUCAGACCCAAACAAAUGCGUCAUACCCGUUAAACCGAGCAUAAACGCGAAAGCCGCGCCGCUACGAGAGGCCGUGAACAUACACGUCCUCAUCACAGGUAGCUUACACCUGGUGGGAGGGGCUUUGAAACACUUGGACCCUGCUUUAAACUCAUAAUAGACAUAUGCAUUCAGACAAACACAGCAAGUGUGCCACCUAGUGCCUAAACCCUGAAUCACACUACAUGCAAAUCAUGAUUGAAAUCAUGACGGCUUGUUCUAGAAUCCACGCAUUCUACAUCCUGACUUCAGAAGAGCAUUGGACCAGUUCAUUGAGCGUUCAUCUGUUUAUGUAAAGAGCACAUAAAUUCAAAUCUACUUGAGCUGUUCAUGUUUACUUUGAUUUGAAGUAUUUAAAGUGCUUUUUUUUUUGUAAUUUUCUUCUUUUACACUACAAUUUUGAUAUUUUUAACCAGAUCUUUCCAUUCAUGAAAUAGAAAGUCAGGUUACUUACCCAUCAGUGUUAGUGUUAUUAUUUUUAUUGCACUGAAAGAAUUGUGUCAUAUGCAAACACUUCUUUAAUAAUGUAAUAUUAAUGUGUAAUUUCUAACACAUGCAUGGGAGAGUUUGCAUUCAUACAUUCAAGUGGAUGCAAAAUGAUGUUCAAAGCAUGCCAACACUGAGGUGCCCACAUCUGUUCAUAGUAAAUAAAUCUGUUAAAUGUUUUGUGUGUGUAUAUAUACAUCAGAGGACUGGUGGUGUAUAAAAAUGGACUGUUUUCCAUCAAAUCUGAAUAUAAGUGUAAUUUAAUUUUUUUUGUAGCAUUUUAUGUACUGUAGUUAAGACGGGAGAGUGUGUAUUAGUCUAAAUAGAAACUGCUAUCUUCAAAUGAAACAUGGAUUUUGUUUAAUAUGGUAGAUUGUUUUUGGGAUAUUUUUGUUAUCUGUGAAAGAUUGGAUCUCUUUUGAGCAUUUAAUAUUAUACCACUCAUGUCUUAAAGUGCCAUAGGGUGCUAUUAAAAAGUACUGUACAUACCAGAUGGACAUUGAAUAAAAACAAUGAAGAAU